AUGUCUGGGUACUCCAAAGUCGGAACUUCUGGCGUCUACGAGGCCGGCGACCAGCGCAACGUCAAGCAGUCGGAGCUGAACCAGCCCGACAAGUACGAAGAGGGACAGGUGAACUCACACCUGGCAAAUGAUUCCAAGGAUGAGCGAUCAAUUGCCAACCGCUUGGCCGCCGAGGAGCAGAAAACCGAGGACUCUGGCGACUCGAAAGAGACCAAGCUCCUGAAGAAGGACGCCACUCUUCCCGCCAAGAUGCAUGGCAACGAGCCUUCCAAGGGCGCCAAGAUCGAUGCUGAACUGCAGGCCGAGGACGAGCAGAGGCUGAGGGAGAAGCAGGGCAAAUAA